GCAAAGGAACGGGACACCAUGAAAGAGGAAAGUGGCACCGAUGUCUCUGUUCGCUCCAGGAAAAGAAAGGCAAAUGUGGCUGUUUUUUUGCAGGAUCCAGAUGAAGAAAUUGCAAAAAUUGACAGGACUGUGAGAAACCAGUGCAGCAGUCAGCCUUGGGAUGGCAGUUCAGUGUGUGAAAACCCCUGUUCCUUGAUUCCUACACCUGACAAAGAAGAGGAUGAGCCAACGUACCCUAGUUCCACCUGUGGGCCUCAGAGUUUCAUGCCCUCCAGAGCCUCACCACUGCCUAUACUGAACUGGGCAAAUAGAGACGAGGUUUGGAAAAUCAUGUUAAACAAGGAGAAGACCUACUUAAGGGAUAAGCACUUUAUGCAGCGGCACCCUCUCCUGCAGCCUAAAAUGCGAGCAAUUCUUCUGGAUUGGUUAAUGGAGGUGUGUGAAGUCUAUAAACUUCACAGAGAGACAUUUUACUUGGCACAGGAUUUCUUUGAUCGGUAUAUGGCAACACAACAAAAUAUCGUAAAAACACUUUUACAGCUUAUUGGGAUUUCAUCUUUAUUUAUUGCUGCCAAACUUGAGGAAAUCUAUCCUCCAAAGCUGCACCAGUUUGCGUAUGUUACAGAUGGGGCUUGUUCAGGAGAGGAAAUUCUUAGCAUGGAAUUAAUCAUUAUGAAGGCCCUUAAGUGGCAUUUAAGUCCCCUGACCAUUGUGUCCUGGCUGAAUGUAUAUAUGCAGGUUGCAUAUCUAAAUGAUUUAUAUGAAGUGCUCCUGCCACAGUAUCCCCAGCAAAUCUUCAUACAGAUUGCAGAGCUUUUAGAUCUUUGUGUCCUGGAUGUUGGCUGCUUAGAAUUUCCCUAUGGUGUACUUGCUGCUUCUGCCUUGUAUCAUUUCUCUUCCUCUGAAUUGAUGCAAAAGGUUUCAGGGUAUCAGUGGUGUGAUAUAGAGAAGUGUGUCAAGUGGAUGGUUCCAUUUGCAAUGGUCAUAAGGGAGACAGGAAGUUCAAAACUUAAGCACUUCAGGGGAGUUCCUGCUGAAGAUGCACACAACAUCCAGACCCAUAUAAACAGCUUGGAUUUGCUGGACAAAGCCCAAGCAAAGAAAGCCAUAUUGUCUGAACAAAACAGGAUUUCUCCUCUCCCCACCGGGGUCCUCACUCCCCCACAGAGCAGCAAGAAGCAGAGCAGUGGGCAGGGGACAGCGUGACCACACCAGCAUUCUCCACCAAAGACAGUUGUGCAGAAGUACCUGCUCCAAGUUCUCUUCUGUGCACCGCGGCAGA